AUGCAGUUUCAGUUACUCACGGUUCCACCUUGGCAGGUCAGUGGCUUGUCGAAGUCGAAUGGCCUUGUCAACGGGUAUCUCAACGGAUACAUCAGUCGGCCGAAUUGCACCUCGGCAGAGCGCGAGACAAUUCCGAGACUCCGGGCCAAGAAGCAACAUGGCGUAGCUCACAUCCCCCACUCUGCCUUAAAACUUUUGGCUGCAGGCAAGGCGCUCUUCCGCACCCUUGCAGAUGCCACCGAAGACUCAGAGUUUGCCGUGCGGCAUUAUGCGAAGGCCCGAGGGACCAAUUCAAUGCUUGCAACCGGGAAUGAUGGUGUGGUGCUUCGGUACCGUAUGUAUGCUGGCAUCACGAGUCCCUACCUUAAUCGAGGUGGACUCCAGAAGAAGUUCGAAGCAAGCGGGGAGCGCAUCACAGCCGAGCAGCGAAGUGAAGCGAGAAAGAAGGAGGAACGCUGGGGCGCGAUGGAGCUUCACAAGAUGUUCCCGCAGCUCGUGGGGCCUCCCAAGAAGCGUCGGGACAAGAAGACCAUGGAGGUGAACUUCUACAGCAUGGGCUACCCUCCAGGUGAGGGCGGCAACAGGAAGCGCAUUGCCCCCCGGUUCUUGGAUGCGGAUCAGAUCCGCUACAGGCCUGAGAACCCGAAACUCUGGGGAUGCCAUGCCUACAAACUCUACGAGGGCUACAAGAGGUCAAGGACUUUGCGGGAGGCUGUGAAACUCGGGGCUCGCCCUAUCGACUUGGCGCAUGACUACAACUGGGGCUUUCUUAAAGUCCGCCGCUUGUCCCUGGACUUCCCCUGGGAAGUGGAGAUCGAGGAUUGGUCUUCGAAUGAAAACCUUGUUUUCCUGAGCUAG